AUCCAUCUUUCCGUCAAGGCAGCGGUAAUCACAUAAGAGGAAAUCUGGUUGGACCUCCGACCCUGCGGAAGUUAAUCCUGCCACCUUGGCUCAACACCGCCGACCACCGCUUCAUCAAACUGAAAUCCCACACAAACAGUGCUGAACUCCGGCGAAACGAAUCCCCCUUUCCGUCCCAUUUUUGUCGGGACAAAGAGUGUGGGAGGUAAGAUUGUGGACCUGAGACAUCGACAUUUCGUGCCCCGUCGGAGUUUGAUUUAACGGCAGUCUGCCAUUCUGGUAUCGCACCUUCUCCACCUUGUCGCCUCCAUCGUAUUAGCAUCUGCCCAAAUCCACAACUUGCACAUUUCUCUCUCAGAUUUUUUGGGAUCCGUUCUGUCAAUCGCGAUUCAUGGCUGCCCAGGUCACGUUGAGGAAUGGGGAGAAGGUCAAAGUCAACGAUCAUGUUUAUUGUUCUCCCCCGUGGUCGGUUCGGGAUGGCACCCCUUAUUCCGUCGCACGCAUAAUGGAAUUCCUACCCCCAGAAGGCGCUUCGAAGGGCAAAGGAAAAGCAAAGGAAAUUUAUACCCGCGUCAGACUUGCCUGGUAUUAUCGUCCAAGCGACGUUAGCGACCGUCCGGUUGCCGAUUCUCGCCUUCUCUUGGCGGCAAUUUACUCAGAAGUUUGCGACAUUAACCAACUACGGUCCAGGUGCUAUGUCCUUCACAGGGACAAGAUUACCGAUCUUGCUGGAUGGAAGAAACGACCAGAUAGAUUUUAUUUCAACCGUCUUUUUGAUCCAUAUAUCAAGAAAGAGUUUGAAGUCAUUCAGGCCGCAGACGUCCGAAAUCUCCCUGAUCAUAUUCGCCAAACCUUGGUUUCCAGAUAUGAAUAUGUGGUGGCGGAGAAGGAAGUUGUCCCUGACCUCACAGAUAUCCUCCGUCUAUGUGCAACGUGCGACCAAUGGUGUGCUUACCCAGACACUGUGGGAUGUGAUAGGUGCAAGAAGUUCUUUCAUAUGGGUUGCGUCCAGCCGCCCCUCCUUGCAAAACCCUCUCGCGGUUAUGGCUGGACAUGUGCUCCCUGCUCUAGGCGCCACGAAGAAGAAGUUGACAGUCACGAAGUUCGUCAUGCAACGCCGGUCUCGAAACCUAAGUCAAAUGCACCAGCGCCUCGCGGCCGGGGACGUCCUCGGAAAGAUCGUUCUCUAGCGGAAAAGGAAGAAAAUUUAGACAUCAAAUACUUCAAGAUGUGGCCUUUCCGAUAUUUUGGUCAAUAUACAGUCGCUGAGGAUACCCUUGAUCCCGAUGACCUUAUCUUUCCCCGGGCGGCGACGCGGGUUGGGCCGAAGUAUCAGGCAAUGAUACCUUCCCCUGCUGACAAUACUUCAUGCCCAGAUGCAGAAGAACGUGGUGGCGACAACACUGUCGAGGUUCUUAGCACUAUUCAUUUAUUGUCGGACGAAGAGGUGACGGAGCUGGAAGAAUGGAAGGCGGCUCUCACGAGGAAGCAAGAGAACCUCUACAAUGUAGACUGGCUGACGGAAGCUGCUCGCCGCUUUUCUCAGGCACACUUGAUGAAUAGGGGCUGGUCUACUGUUGAUAUGAGUGUUCUCACACGCACAGAGAAGUGGAAGAGGGGGGAAACCAGGUAUGCUGAUAGAGAAUGGACUGCUGAAGAAGUCGCUGCCUUCGAAGAUGGUAUUAUGUUCCAUGGUGCAGAGCUCCGCGCCGUCCGUGACGAGGUUGGCACGCGAUCCAUGCCGGAAGUGGUGCGGUUCUAUGGUCAUUGGAAGAAUUCGAGGCUCAAAGAAGAUAAUAAACGCAAACAGGAAUUACGCUCGUCCCAGAAAGAUGAAGAGGAUGAGGAAGUGUCGAUUUCUCAAUCUAUCACCCCUCUCUCAGAUGAUGAGGGCUCCACGGUCCGCGGGCCUUCCAAGGGAUAUAAUAGUUGUGGUGCAUGCAGAACACGUGAAUCUGAGACGUGGUGGAGAGCCCCGAAAGGCCUAGCUACCGAGAUUCUUUGCAAUACAUGCGGGACAAACUGGAGGAAAUACGCUGACCUUAGCGUGCGACCUUUUCGCGAAGAUUCGACGCCCACCGGGAAGAAAGGUAGUGAGAAACGGGAAGGCACUCCGUUGAAUGGUCCAAACCCAAAGCGCUUGAGGGCAUCGAUUACCAAUGGUACGACCCCCCCUCCGAAUGUAGCCACUGCUCUUCAAUUACGGUGCCAAGCAUGUCAAAAGAUGGGUCCUCUUGGCAGAAUCGUCAAGUGUCACAAAUGUUCAUUGCGAAUUCAUGCUGGGACUUGGGGUGUCUUCGUGGAUCGGGACACUUUGGAGUCGUACAUAUGUGCGGUAUGCAAGGACGAGAAAUCACAAGAAGCUUCUUUGAAUACGGACUGCGUGCUUUGUCCCUCCCGGAAAGUCUACGAGAAAGGGUCGGGGCAUGUUGAAUUUCUACGUGCGAUCAAAGCAACCGAGGGGCAGGGCUGGGUGCACGUGCUGUGUGCUGUAUUUUCACCCGAGAUUUCCUUCACGGAUGCCUCGCGCUUUCAAGUAGUGGAGGGGAUUAGUACCAUACCACGUCAGCGAUGGAUAGUUAGAUGUACCAUAUGCGGUGAAGGACACGGUGCGGUUUUCCGAUGCACGGAAUGCACCAAGGAGUAUCAUGCAUCUUGCGCAUGGACCGCACGCCACAAAUUUGCGUUUGAAGUCCAGCCAGUUCGCAACCCCCGCCGUGACACCGUCGUAGUGACGUUCAAGGGGGAAACCGGAAUCCUGACCGCUGUCAUCUAUUGCAAAGAACAUGACGUGAGUAAGCAUGAGCUAUACGACAUAUGCGAGACAGACGAGACCGGGGAGAGUGUCAUGCAAUUAUACACUCGAACAUAUAAGCAAGCGCCUGUUUCGCAGGCACAUGCGUUGUUGCGCAAGGCGAUGCAUCUGGAUAUGGUUCUUAACAGCCGCCCCGAAGUUGUUGACACGUCCGAGCUUGAUCCCCGGUGCGAAUGCUGUGGGACGCACUAUUCUCCAUGCUUUUAUCGUAGCAAGUAUUAUUCCGAUCGUUGGCGUUGUCAUAAAUGCAACUGGCCACACCUGGUUGGACAAAAUUCAUGUUAGUAGGUAUCCCCUGGGACAUUGUAGCAUAUAUAUUGGUUUGUAAUUAUAGUUUACCGUCGUUGAGAACGCAAGGAAUUGUGUACUUGGCGCCAAAGGGCGCUGCCCGGUUCUAGAUAUGAGCAACAGUAUGGAG